AUGUCGGGGAUCUCGCUGGCGGUGGCGCCGAGGUCCGACCCGGACCACGGGUCGGAGCGGCAGCCGACGGUGAUGCUGGGCGGCGUGAUGGGUUCGCUCCGCGUCAUCGAGCUCCAGAUGGUGGCCUUCAUCAUGGUGUUCUCGGCGUCGGGCCUCGUCCCGCUCAUCGACCUCGUGUUCCCCGUCGCCACCACGAUCUACCUCCUCGCCAUCUCCCGCCUCGCCUUCCCGCCGCUGCACUCCAAGCUCGACGCCGCCCGCUCGCCCGCCGCCUCCCAGGAGAUCUUCCGCGGCAGCAAGCUGUUCCAGGUGUACGUGGUGCUGGGCACGACGGUGGGUCUGUUCCUGCCGCUGGCGCACGUGUUGGGCGGGUUCGCGCGCGGCGACGACGCGGCGGUGCGGUCGGCGACGCCGCACCUGUUCCUGCUGUCGUGCCAGAUCCUGACGGAGAACGUGGUGGGGUCGCUGGGCGCCUUCUCGCCGCCGGUCAGGGCGCUGGUGCCGCUGCUCUACACGGUGCGCCGCGUCUUCGUCAUCGUCGACUGGGUCUACGACGUGUGGGCCAACAGGGCCCUCACGCGGGCCGCCACCGCGCAGGAGGCCGCCUGGAUGUGGUUCGGCAGGUACCUCGCCGCCGCAAACCUACUCUACUUCUCCGCCAACCUCUUCGUCUUCCUCAUCCCGAGGUUCCUGCCCCGCGCCUUCGAGAAGUACUUCCGCAUGCGCGACGAGGUGUGCGCCAAGACGACCGAGGACAAGCACGCCCGCGGCGGACACCUGUCGUCGUCGUCCUCGCCUGUGCCCGCAGCGGAGCAGCAGGAGGGUGUCGUCGGGGCGGCGAAGUCGGAGGUGUCCAAGAAGGCGGACUGA